UGACAAAAUGGAACCCACCAGCAGUGUGAGGAGACCUGAAAGUGGCACAUGGCAGAGUGUGGCGAUGGAGACAGCAGCAAUGGGACGCCGUACAGGGACCCAUGACACACUCUGGACCUGGCAGCAGCAUGAGGAGGCGGUACAGGGGCCCAUGACAGAUUACGGGCCUGGCAGCAGCAUGAGGAGUCGCCGGUACAGGGGCCAUGAAUCAGUAUGGACCUGGCAGCAGUGUGAGGAGACCCGAAAGUGGCACAUGGCGCAGGGUGGCGGUGGAAGAGGCAGCAGUAUUCGGAAGACAUACACAAGGGACUAGUUUAAAAAGCGGAAGCCGUCAGCAGCGUGA